CAACUGUCAACAGUUACAGCAAGAAAAGAAUGACCCUCUUGAUGGGGCAUGCAGAAAGACCCGGUCUGCAGCGAAAAGUCAGACGUGUUCUCGAAAAAUACAACGCCAAGAAAAAGGUUCUUCAAUGUUGGCUGGGAGAAAAAGGAACGAAGAUUAGAUUUACGAGAAGAAGUUUGUUGUUAGCGAGAAAGUUCCAGUUUGUUAGCACUCCGAUCUAGAGAGAGAUUCAUUGCAACGCCGGACGAGAGACCAAAGCUGACGAGAUCAUUACUUCAUCUAUUUGUUCGCUUUUUAAUAGCGGGAUUUCGAAAUAUUUAUUAGAUUGAUAUUUGACUCGAACCCACAAGUACUAUGUCGCGGGUCCUCGCAGGGGUCGCUGCCCCCCUUGCGGUGUGGCUCGCUCUGGCAGCAUGGGAGGUGCAGGGCUCGACUUUCCUAUCGUCUAGAGGGAAAACUACUAAAAGUACAGCUUUGUCGAGAAGGAAAACUACUAAAAGUACAGUUUCGUCGUCCACCUCGUCCAGCUCUACUACAACAACGAAGAGAAGAAGUAGAAGAUCUAGAUCAACGUCAAGAACAAGAGGAAAUCCAAGUCUCGUGUUUCGACAACUUCUAGCAAGGACCAGAUCGUCUACGUCGAGCAACAAAAAUCCUAGAACUCCUACUCCGACGAUCCCAGAGCUGGAUCUUGCUUUUUCAUUGCCGCAGAUGAGCUAUGACAGCAUUGCCUCAGCGAAUCACGAGGCUGCUAGAGAUGAAAUACGGCGACUGGUUAAACGAGCCACAGUAGAGGCAGUGAUGGCUAUGCUGCCUACUAUGAUGGGAUCUGGAAGUAGUGCUAGUGCUAUAAUAGGUGGAUCAGGUAGCGGUCGUGCUGGCUCUGGUCGUGCAGUGAUAGCAACUCCUGUGAUGCUCACAGCCUCUAGUACACAAGUACAAGGAGGAAGGAAGCAGAAGGCAAUCCAAUUCCAGCCGGAAGGAAAGAAGAAGGCUGAGGGAAAAGCAAAAGCUGAAGGAAAAGCCCUACCAAAGGCUAAGGCAGAAGGAGAGAAGGCUGCAGCGAAGCCAAAACCGAAUUCCAAGAGCGAAUCAAAAGCAGUAGCAGCCUCUCGUCCUGAGGAAUAUUAUUUAUGCUAGCAAAUCUGACGGUCUCCAAGGUCACUGUCUGGAAGGGACUGUCUCCAGAUCAUGCGUCAUCUGAUAGAGAGAAGGAAAUGAGAAAUAGAAAAAGGCAUGAGAGGACUCAAAAAAUAUUUCGUCUUGAGAAGGCGACUUGUUCCGAUGGAUUGUUCCCCACACCUUAGGUGGUGUCACCUCUAACUAAGGCCAAAGGUGAAGCUACUCCUCCUCCAAAGGUGAAGCCAACUGUGUCGCCGAUGUCGUCCCCCGGGUCAGUAGCGCAACAUCCACCGGCUCUACAAGACGAUCCUGAAGUUGUUUUAUGGAUUGUCUAGGAUAUGGGUAUUGUGCUGCUGCUAUCUACUCACGCGACUUGUCUUCUUCAUCCACAAAAACGUAGACGUACUUGCACUACUGAAUAGGUGAAAUUCAGUCGUGCACUUGCACACUGAAUAGGUGACUUCUAACGAUAGCGAAGGAGCAAAGUCGCGAGUUGCAUUCCUACGUCGAUUUCACUGAGGCGCCACAAGAUGCUACUGGGAUGCAUGUAAGGCUAAUUGGCUCGCUGGUGACCAAUGCUUCUGCAGACGCGUUUCAGCAGGCUUUUCAAGGUAUAUUGAAAUCAUGCAAUUCGCUUUUUCAAAGCAGGUUUUCAUGCUUUAUACACUGAUUUCGUCCUAGUAUCUGCGCAAGCAAGACAUCACGUCAUUGAAAUUUCUUGCGCCACCUCUAUUCAUCUUGUACGCCCUUCUUCUGUAGUUGGUUUAAGCGUAAGCCAUUCCCCAUUAAUAUUUUAACACUGCAGCCAACAAAGACUUCUACCUAGCGCAAUGGAAUGGGCACAUGUCCCACGUUUUGAGCCUGGCUGGAUAUACCAACUGGAAUGGCGAUACGCCAGCUGUGGAAAUGCAUCCUGACGUCGGGCAUAAGGAGAUUGCCCCUUUCGUCCCAGUUUGCCGCGAACACCUAACGGAAACUUUAUGGUAGAUUGCCACGGAAUGUCGCACUUCAUUCUCAGAAUUAUACGUAUGUCACACUUCAUUCUCAUGCCGAUGCCUCGGAGUAAACGUAUAAUAUAGCUGCGCCAACUUCGAACUGGCAAGGGCAUAGCUUUCGCGCUAGGAAGCUUCGGCGUUGUUGAUGUGGUGGCGAGCGCAGGGCGUGGGGGCUUUAUCCUAAUGCGUCUCGCCUUGUGUAGGGCGCAGCUGACUGCCGCAAAGGCAUGACGCCUCCCAUUCACCGCCAAGCAUGCGGCGGAGUAAAGCUAGCGGCGCCGCUGGCCUCCGUGAGCGCUUACGCAAUAUUGAGUGCAAAGAGGCGAACAGCGGGCCCCUUUUUCUUGGCUUUGAUUACAGAACGAAGCCAAAGCCAAAAAGCAGAGGGGCGCGCGAGUUUAAGGGCGAGAAACAGAGGCGGGGGCAGAAAUAGAAUGGAAGGGCGCGCGUCGCCACUUUCGCGGCUUGCUUGCCGAUGUGCCGAUGCGCGUCGGCAGUGCAAUCGGGUGCGGGCGCCGCUUGUGUAGAAUAGUGACAGCGUGCGGCAGCUUUUCGGUGAGAGAAGCACGGGCAUGGAGAUGAUAACCACACGCGGCAACCCCGUGGAUGCCUCCGCGUCGUUUUUUAUGGUAAGAGCCACCGCCCCAGGCGGUUCCCGUUUCGUAAGCACCCACGCGCCAGCGGCGUCCCCAAGGGCUUACCUGCCGGCAGGUGCCCGAAUCUACUGGCUUGGUGGCUUGAUAGUUUUGUGGAUCAGUCACAUCGCCGGAGUACAUCCCUGCCCCUGAUCGGCAGAAAUGGCCGCAAAAGUGCGCGACAGGCGUCGCCUCGUCAGUCUGGCACGGGGAGCCAACCAAGCUGGCGCCAGCCGCGUGAUACUCAGCCGCGUGAUCUUGGGCCCGUCCAUCUGAGAAGGCGGCUGGACGUGCCCGCCAGGCUGCCAGUUGGGCGCAAUUCGCAGCAGCCUCUGGCCAGAUAUUGGCCCGAACGCAUGAACGCGAGCGCUGGCCACCGCGCCGCCUAACUUGUGGCGACAAGGAUGGAGGCACCGCAACCACCAUCCGCGUCCGCUGGCAUGGCUUUCUUGCCACCAGAACAGAAGGCGGAGGCGCGCGCAGUAGAGUACCCGCAAGCGACCACCUGGGAAGGCGGACGCCCGCGGCCUUUGUCUUCGGUCGUCGCUGUUUGUUGAUAUUUGUGGAGGAGUGCGGACAAGUUUGCAACCAAGGGGAACGGGGUGGAGGGCUGUCGCUCGCUGAAGAGACUGAGACUGAAAGUGGACGCUCUUGGGCUUGCUGUGCGCCUUUUGGCGUUGUUGGCAGGUGGCGCGUUGGUGCAGCUGCGUGCGGUGCAGUCUAAGGCGAAGCGGCAAGCAAUCAAGCGGAAGCGUGGAGAAGUUGCGGCGGGAUAGCAGCCGACGGCUUCAAUGAAUCAGGCCCACGCCUGGCCUGGACAGGCCACGCGGGUGAUAGCGCAAGGAAAAGGAAAUCGGGCCGGCGGCUUGUCCCGUUUGCGGUGUGUCUGGCUGUUGUUGUGAGUUUAUUUUGCUUGAGGGAGUGCUGGCGGCUUUAAGGAGGAACGCCAGAGUUGAGUGUGGGCGAAAACUUCUGCCACCCAGAUUCGCCACAGGAGCUGCGAGGGACAUCACAACAAAAGUAAUGACUUUGGACCUCAGGGAGACGAGUGGACUUGACGUCGCCCCCACUGCGGAGGAGUGCUCCGAACUCACAGCGAUAGCAUUCCCGCCCUUUCGUUUCCUAAUGGGGUACACGAGAAACGCACUGCCAUCUGCGGCAUUUCCUACACGGAAAGGAAGAAGGGAAGAUGGAGUAGGAGGGCGUCUCGAGUUAGACGGUUGGCGUAUCCUUCUGAGUGGGCAACGGAUGCUAGACAAUUGCCAAGCAUGACCCCACCAGAUAAGCCAGUCGAGAAAAUAGAAACCACCAGCAAGAUCACGCCCUUAGUCAAGGAUGGCAAGCCCGUUGGAUUCGAGGAGUUGCAGCAAGUGAUAUGAUGGCUACCUUGGCGGAAGAUGCUGCGAGGAAACAAAUUGCAGAGGGCGGGGCCGCAUGGCGCCGGUGGGAUCCUUUGGAGGUAGUUGGCAUAGUAAAGUGGGAAGGGUCGGCUGAUUGUGCCCCCCAGCCCACUUCUUCCCCGCUUCUUUCUGAAGUGGGUCGCCGGUGCCUCGCCUUCCACGGUGGGCCAUGGCUUCCCUGGUGCCUUAGAGGGGUCUGGCUCGAAGCAAGUGCUCUUUUUUAAAUUUGCUGCAAUACACAUGUAUUACGCAUGCAUCACCAGUACUCCUUGCCUCAACCUUUCAUACUUCCUGGCCGACCUCACAGCGCACAGCACAAAAGUCGAGGUACGCCGCAGGUUCGAGACGGCAUGUGAGGAGCCGGAUUUUACAGAAAGUUCAGACGACGACUCUGACUCCUUCUCGAGUGGCAGCGCUGUCGCCACUGCUCGGUGCUUGGACUUCACGCGUUUCGUGUUGGAUCACAUUUUAUGAGGGGAUAAAACUAUACUAGUGCUAGGAUAAAAAUUACUUCUCAUUCUUUCAAAAGACAAAGAGUGUCCGAGAUGAUUUGUGAUUGUGUUUGUGUAGGAAGGGUGGAUAAGGUUGAUGGAGUGAGACGAUAGAUAGGUGGAGCAUGUUUCCAUUACUGCUGAUGUUGUUCACCAAUUGAUUUGACGUAAGUUGUAAUUGCUUAAAAACUGCAAAGUGGUCUCAAAAGAAAAGAGUUUCCACCAAGUUGUUCUAUCAGGAUCUUAAACUCAAGGCACUCAUUCAUGCUUUUUGCCACCCGAAGAGGAAGAUGACAGUCACGCGAUGACAGGGUCAACGGCAGCUGGAAAGAGCAAUCCUCCUCGGCUGAGUGCACCACUGGGAAGUGCUGCGUCUUAUGGCACUCACAAUUCUUUCAAAUGGCACUCACAAGUCCAUCGUAGAAAAAACACGGCAUCAUGUGUUUUAGACCGUAAUUGCAAAAGUCUUAGUUAGAAAUCCGUCAGUUCAUUAUUAUGUCUUUUAGAGUGUACUAGUUUUAAGGGUAGGUUAAAGGUGCUUUUCUUACCGCUUUUUAUGCCUCUCUCCCUUAGGUGGGGACAGGCAUAACAAGCGGGGGAACCCGCGAGCACCAAAAACCUACCUCUAAUAGUUGACAAAAAAAAAAUGCAUAUCAGGAUGCUUCUCGUUCUCCUCCACUUCAGUAAGACGCCUUCACUCACUCUACGAGGAAGAUUUCUUAAGGAGCUCUAAUCCUUGACUCUGCCGCCAAAAGAACGUACUGGUGAAAUCGCAACUGCGUGCAAACUGCUGUGCUUCCGGGAAUACGGUCUAGAGGAUCCCCGAUGUGAGGAUGUGGAGAUGCCCGCUGGAGCUGCCGAUUCUGGGUUAUGACUUCUGGUUGAGAAUCUUCUAUUUCAGGAUUUUUUGCAUGCGUUUAAUAUCUGCUCUAAUGGGGUUCUUGCUCAUCUACUUGGACUGAUAAUCAGGGACCACGACAGACAACUUACUUCCUCAUAUCUAAUGGGGUUCUUGUUGCAGUUUUCUCACCCACACCAAAGUGUCCAUCAACGGACUAGAAUCAACUAGCCACAAAGAUAAAUGUUAUAAAGCCAGCAUGAUAUCACGGCCUUUCGCUUGCUCUUCGAUUUGGAAGCUACAAGGUGGCUGAACUGCCUCAAUAACGUUAGUCCAGACGUAGCGCGAGGUGUCAUGACAUGACAUGACGGCCUUUCCCUUCUAGAUCUUGUUCUACCUCUAAUAUCCAGUGCCAGACUUUCCGCAUCGGGAAGUGGCGGUUGUAGUGGCCCAGCCGCUCUAACCAUGUCGCCAGCGGAAAUGCGAGCGUGGGUCGCAGACAAGGAGUCUGAACAGCAGCUCCUCGUGACAGGACAGCCGUUAUCUUAAGGCUUUCACUGUGUGCUUCCACUAACCUUAGCCACGUGUAGUUUUGUGUGAGCAAACAAUGUUGUUUUUAUAAGUAGCUCCUAAUAUAUAACGUGACGUACAGCUUUAUAUGUGUGAGAGCGAGAGUGAGACAAGGUUGCCAAUGAAUGAACUCGAUAGAAGAUUCCCUCUUCUAACUUAAACCGAUGCGCCAUGACCUCCAAGUGCCCCAGCAGCAGCCGUUCGAUGACGGAACACUAUUGGACGACAUGGGAUCGGAAUGAUGUCCUCUGAUGAAGAGUUUGAUUUUCUAUAGAUGCUGGACUUGUUUUUUCCAUUUUGAAACGAUAUGAGUCCUCGACAGCUACACCCAACAUGCACAGACAGACUUGCAAGAAAGUUAUGCAUAAGUAUGCAAUAGCAGACUCGAGACAGUGAA